CAGAAACCCUAAUUCCUUGUUUUAUCCAACCAUGUCUCUUGCUCUAAAACCUAUAAUCUUGUUCCUCGUACUCUGUGCGUUGAAUCCUUUUCCCUCUGUCGAGUCUGCUAUUCCGUCGUUUAUCAGAACUCUCCAAAACCUGAGGGGCAUUCAUAGGGGACAAAACGCGGAGGGCGUAGGCACACUCAGAAGCUACCUCAAAAAUUUAGGCUACCAAGUAAACGACAAAUCUUCUUCCGACAACAACUUUGAUGCAAACGAUGAAUCUGCUCUGAAACAGUACCAAGCUUUCCAUGGCUUGCAGACCAGUGGUGUGGUGGAUGAUCAAACCAUCGAAACCAUGAGCCUCCCACGUUGUGGAUUGCCUGAUAUCACAGCCACUCCUAACCCUAACCCUAAUGGUUUGUCGUCGUCGCCACCCCAAAACUUCACUUUCUUCCCAGGAAAUCCAAAGUGGAGCAAGUUUAACUUAACCUAUCGAACGACUCGAAUGCCUCUAUUUGUUUCCGUCGGCACGAAUGCCUUUAAACAAGCAUUGAGUAAUGCCUUUAACGCCUGGGGAGAGAACAACAGUUUCACGUUCACUGAAACCACUGGUCAAGCUGACAUAGUCGUUGGCUUCCACCGUGGCUUCCACUUUGAUUUUUAUCCAUUUGAUGGGCCAGGUGGGGUUCUGGCACACGCUUUUGCUCCAGAAGAUGGAAGAAAUCACUUGGAUGCAGAUGAAAACUGGAGCACUACAGGGACACCACCAACCAUUGAUCUUGAAACUGUUUCUCUGCAUGAAAUUGGUCACAAUAUGGGGCUUGCACACAGUAACGAUCCUAACGCGGUUAUGGCACCCACAUAUACAGGGGUACGACGGGAUCUAACACAAGAUGAUAAGGAUGGUUUGAACAAUCUAUAUGGGUUUUAGAACUAGAACUUGAGAAUAAGUGGAAUAAUCGUCGAGUGUAGCAUGUGUUUGGCCAAGGUGUGUCAGUAAUUAAUCUCAUAGAUGCUAAAACCAGUUGCAUGUACUACUAUUAAGCAACAAUUA